AUUAAUUUGGCGCAAAUUUAGCAUCUCUUCAAGGCGUACUAUUGUUCUUUCAAUCUCACGUUUUCGGUAUGAACUGCUGAUCCAUUGUUAUUGACUUUCUUCUUCAAUUCCUCCCUGCAAAAGAUAUAUGCCUUUUUUUCUUUUCUUUUUUUUUUUUUUUCUGUUGUAUCCCCUUUUGUCCGAUUCUUCCCCAAACGAUUCCUUCGAAAAUUGCGAAUGCCCAGGAGGUGUGAAAUUGGGCGUUUUCCCCUAAUUCGAUGCGAUUAAGGUCGAAUUUGAGAUGAAUGCGAAGAGGAGAACCGUCGUUGUCGGCGUGAAGCCAUGUAAGGAUAUCCCGAGGUCUGCGUUGACAUGGGCUUUAACAAAUGUGGUCCGGCCGGGGGAUUGCGUGAGGCUUCUUGUGCUCAUUCCAAGUCAUAAUCAAACCUCAGGUACUGCUGCUAAGCUGCUUCUGGGAAGAAGGCUGUGGGGAAUUUCGAGCUUCGGCAGCGAUUGCACCGCCGGAUACUCGAAAUUUAUGUCGGCGACGACGAAAUCCGAACAGAAGGAUUUCAUUACAGAGAUGUGCAAUCAGAUGCUGUCCAAACUUCAGAACAUAUACGAUCCGAAUAAGGUGACGGUGAAGUUGAAAAUGAUCUACGAAUCAAAAGAUGGCGGUGGCGGCACCGUCGUAGCUGCCGAAGCUAAGCGAGUUCAGACACAAUGGCUGAUCAUGGAGAAGCAGAUGAAGAAGGAAGCGCAGUUUUGCGCGGCGCAGCUCGACUGCAGCGUCGUAAUUGUUAAUAAUUCGGAUUCCGUGAAGUUUCUCCGAUGGAACUUAACAGAGUCGAGGAUGAUUGAGGCCGAUUGCGCCGUUUCUUUGUCGCAAAAACUGGCCAAUGAUGAGUUUGAUUUGAUUAAGGUUCCGAAUGUGACGCCAACGACUAGCCCGGAUAGGAAAUCCUCGAUUUCGAGCAUAGAUAUGCAGCUGCUCGCCUCGCCUAGGUUCAUGUCGGAGAUUAAUUUGGAGCCAAAAGUUAAGCAGAUUUUGGCACUACCAUUCGGGGGUAACUACGAUUUUCGCGAUUCGGACAGCGACUCCGACAGCGAUAACCCGAGCACGCUUUCGGCGAGCAUUUCCUCCCACUGGAUCGACGACAAUCUGAGCUCCGCCGACGAAUGUUCCAAAUUUUUUCGAGAAUCGUUGCAGCGAUCGGGAAGCAAGAAAAACGUAUGCGAGAUGAUGUCGUUAAACAGAAACGGGCCUCGACGCUCGCCUCCGCUGUGCUCGUAUUGUCUGAACAAGACGCCGUCGUUCGGCGAGCCUCCGAGGUUGUUCUCGUACGAGGAGCUCGAGGAAGCCACGAGUGGCUUUUCGGAGGCGAACUUCUUGGCCGAGGGAGGGUACGGUUCGGUACACCGUGGGAUCUUAAAAGACGGCGUCGUCGUCGCCGUUAAGCAACAUAAAUUGGCGAGCGCGCAGGGCGACCGCGAAUUUUGCUCGGAAGUGCAGGCGUUGAGCUGCGCGCAGCACCGUAACGUCGUCAUGCUGAUCGGAUAUUGCGCGGAGGACAGCCGUCGAUUGCUCGUCUACGAAUACAUCUGCAACGGUUCUUUGGAUUCGCAUCUAUACGGGCGAAAUCGAGCGCCGAUGGAUUGGGCGGCGCGGCAAAAGGUCGCGAUCGGAUCUGCUCGAGGGUUACGAUAUUUGCACGAAGAAUGCCGAGUAGGCUGCAUUGUCCAUCGCGAUAUGCGCCCGAACAACAUUCUCCUCACGCACGAUUUUGAGGCUUUGGUUGGAGACUUCGGUCUUGCAAGAUUGCAGCCGGAUGGAGAGUCGUCGAUGGAGACAAGAGUGAUCGGAACAUUCGGAUAUUUAGCGCCGGAGUAUGCUCAAAGCGGACAAGUUAGUGAGAAAGCUGACGUGUACUCUUUCGGCGUCGUAUUGCUCGAGCUUGUAACUGGUCGAAAAGCUGUCGACAUAAACCGUCCUAAGGGUGAGCAGUGCCUGACCGAGUGGGCGCGCUCUCUGAUUAAAGACAAUGCGGUAUCGAAACUGCUCGAUCCGUGUCUGAACAGUUGCUGUUGCGAGAAAGAAGUUGACAUGAUGCUGCAUUGCGCUUCUUUGUGCCUACAACGCGACGCUCAGUCGAGGCCGCGAAUGUCUCAGGUACUUCGGAUGUUGGAAGGCGACAUUGCGACGUGAAAAUUUUUGCACCCUCGAUCGAUCGAUGUUGCAAAGACAGGAUAUCGAAUGAAUAUGUUCUUACUCUGUAAGAGGAGAGGCUACUGCGACUCAGCCAGCCUAUGGUAUCAGCAUUUUCUACGUAUAGUCGAUGAAAUUUAUCCGGCUUCGAUGUACAGAUCGUUAUAUAUAGCUGUAGAUUGUUUAUAACGAAAAUCCUUCAAAGGAAUUUCAGAUUAAGCCCGAUUGCAUCGAUCGAUCAAUGUUCGAUCUCGCAAAUUCGAAUUCUUUUAAACGAAUUAAGUCCAAUUGCAUCGAUCGAUUGAUGUUCGAUCUCAGGAAUUCGAGUGCUUUUUAAACAAAUUAAGCCCGAUUGGUCGAUGUUCAAUCUCGCAAGUUCGAAUGCUUUUUAAACGAAUUAAGUA